AUGGCUAACUGUAUGGUUUUUCACACUCAAAUAGCCUCCGUCAUGGAGGUGCUGGCGAAUGCAGCCGUGGCAGAGAUCUGUAAACUCGUAGACGACGACUAUGCAGUGUUUCGUUUGGAAAUGUCUCAAAGCCAGAAAGAAAACAGGGGAUUGCGGAGGAAACUACAGCAACUGGAACUGAAGGUGUCACGGGAGCGCGCAGAGAGGACCAUUAGAGAGCGGGUCUUCGCCAGUCGUCCCAGUAGUGUCAAGAUCCUCGACCGAUACAGAGGAAUGGCAAGAGGUGAAGGACAUCUCACUGGAGGUCACAGGAGCUUUGUGAAGCCAGCAGGACACAACACAUGGAGAGAUGACCAACCAAUCACUGUUGAUGAGGGGAGUGGAACCUCAACCCAGCAUGUUAUCGUGGUAGAGUCUGUAGAUGCAGAAGCUGCAGGUCCUGGGGUCAAGCAGCAGAUGACUAAAGGAAAGAAGGACCCACGGCACAGCAGAGACAUCCAGACCGAGGCAGUGGCUGGAGUGGUGCCCCCUGUGGCCACGGAGGACCUCUCCGCUGUGCCCCAGGCCAGGACCAUACGCAGCAUCAUGGAGGAGGAGGAGGGUCCAGAGGUGCUGCUGGUGAAGGAGGAGGGGUGUGAGGAAGGUCUGGGGAACCUUGAGGGGACCAUGGUCAUGGAGGACAACCAGACUACACCACCUCCUGAACCCACAGAGGAACCAGCUGAGCAGCAUAGGACCACACACAGUCUCACUGAGUCAGUAGACAUGGAGGAUUGGAAGCCUGAUCUGCUGCUGGUCAAAGAGGAGACGAUAGAAGACGGACCAGAGAGCAUUGACCUGCUGAGUGGACUAAAGAUGGGGGAGCAAGGUGGUUGGCUGGAGGCUAACAGAAGAGACUGGGUGGCCAUCUUGGAUUUCCAGACCCAGACGGGUGCAGCCAAGGGCCCAGGGGACAACAUUACUGAGCAGGCGAGGACCAGAGGUGACAUAGUGGAGUCUGCAGUCCAUGAGGACCUGCUGAUAUCUGGUGUUGCUGACGGGAGAGACUGGACCUCUGAGGUGGGUGGUCACAAACCCUGGCCCCGGAUCAAAACCCUCGAUCUGGAGCCAUCACUCUUCCUUCCCGAGUCGGAACUAGGACCCAACCGUGAGGGACAGAGACUCCACCACUACACAAAACACAACCAUUGGACAGGUGGACUGAACAACCUCAGUCCUGGUGGUCAUCAGAGAGACAGAGGCUGCAGUCAGGGAUCCAGUCUGCAGUCUGGGGCUGAUAAAGAUAGACCCUCCUGUUCCUAUGAUACAAACACCUCAAUAUCCAUGAUGAACAGAUCAGGUCACCCUGGGCUUCAGCCUUCACAGAGAGCGACGGGAGCGCCCCCUGGAGGUAGUCUACCAGCCAGUCGGUCUUCUCCUUCAGGGCCUCGUCCAAUUCCUGGUGAAUGGGUUCAUAGAAGGUCUGGACCUGAGUCUAGCCUUCCUCAGCUACCUCAUGGUUACCCCACCAAUACAGACAGGGUCAGGAUGGGCGUUCACCAUAAGAGGUACCUAGCCUAUAACACAGCACACAAUCCCAACAACACCCAAACAAUGUCUAGAGGUCAAGGAGGGAGUUCAAAAACUCUUGCUUCUACCUCUGGUGUCAUUGGGUUACAAUGUGGGAGGCCAAGCAUUAGGAUGGACGCCGACAAGCCAUAUGCCUGCCCCACGUGUGGGAAGCGCUUUGCUGAGGCAAGGUAUGUGAAGCAGCACCAGACUGUUCACACCAAAGACAGCUUCAAGUGCAAAUUAUGUCACAAGAGCUUCUCCUUCCUAAGUAGCCUUAUCAGACAUAGGAGUGUCCACAAUGGGGAGAAAUCGUAGCAGUGUGGCUUAAGAUGUACACAAGGGAUGUCUUUAUCUGACAUAUUAUAGUUAUCAUGUGAAGUGUCUAGGGAUAAGAGGGUAAUUAACCACAUACCCCUUAUUAACCCCUUUAACUUUUAAUUUGAAACAGGCUUGCGUUAAUACCUGAUUUUAGAGAGAUAGUAAACCUAGGCUAGAACAAGUAUAGUUUAAUAUUCUCUGGUCUGUUGAAACCAAGAUUGAACUCUUUGGCCUGAAUGCCAAGCGUCACGUCUGGAGGACACCAGGCAGGGACUGUCGGGGACUGGGAGACUAGUCCGGAUCGAGGCAAAGAUGAACGGAGCAAAGUGCAGAGCGAUCCUUGAUGACAACCUGAAUGUUCUUGAGUAUCCAGCCAGAGCCUGGACUUGAACCCAAUCAAACAUUUCUGGAGAGACCUGAAAAUAGCUGUGCAGCUACACUCCCCAUCCAACCUGACAGAUCUUGAGAGGAUCUGCAGAGAUGAAUGGGAGAAACUCCCCAAAUACAGGUGUGCCAAGCUUGUAGCGUUAUACCCAAGAAGACUCAAGGCUGUAAUCGCUUCCAAAGGUACUUUAACAAAGUACUGAGUAAAGGCCCUGAAUACUUGUGUAAAUGUGAUAUUUCAGUUUUAUAUUUUUAAUAAAUUAGCAAUAGUUUCUAAAAACCUGUUUUUGCUUUGUUAAUAUGGGGCAUUGUGUGUGUGGAUUGAUGAAGGGGGAAAAACGAUCUAACACAUUUUAGAAUAAGGCUGUAAUGUAACAAAAUGUGGAAAAACAGGACAUUGCGGAGGAAACUACAGCUACUGGAACUGAAGGUGGCAUGAUGGCACAUCCCCGCCAGUUGUCCCAGUACUGUCAAGAUCCUCGACCGAUACAGAGGAAUGGCAAAAGGUACAUUUUUGCAGAAGACCGAGGCUGCGGGACCAAUUCCUGACAAUUAAUCCUAGUAAACAUUUCCUGUCUUAGGUCAGUUCGGAUCACCACUUUAUUUUAAGAAUGUGAAAUGUCAGAAUAAUAGUAGUGUGAUUUAUUUAAGCUUUUAUUUCUUUCAUCACAUUCCCAGUGGGUCAGAAGUUUACAUACACUCAAUUAGUAUUUGGUAGCAUUGCCUUUAAAUUGUUUAACUUGGGGUCAAACGUUUCGAGUAGCCUUCCACAAUAAGCUGGGUGAAUUUUGGCCCAUUCCUCCUGACAGAGCUGGUAUAACUGAGUCAGGUUUGUAGGCCUCCUUGCUCGUACACGCUUUUCAGUUCUGCCCACAAAUUGUCUAUAGGAUUGAGGUCAGGGCUUUGAUGGCCACUCCAAU